AACCUGGGCUUCUUACUAGCUAGCAGCGCACCUUUCUUUUUGAAGGUUCGAACCCAUCUAGACUGGCAUGCGCGAGCCUGAGGGCCUCGGUGCACCACGUCGGGCUCUGUCCUUGCUUCUAGCCACUCCUAUUCCUCGGCUGACCCCUGGUGGUCACGUGGAACAGCUCGCCACGCAAGUCUGGGUCCUGCAAUCCGCUGGGGUCCUCGCUGCCUGAGAGCCGCUCCUACGCUGCCUGUUCGCGCGAGAGUUUGGAGGGGCGGGUUUGGGGUCGGUCUCUAGGGUGGGAUUCUUACCGCAGCGCAUCUGGGCCCUGAUUAGGCAGGCGUCCACUUAGGGUCGGAAAAGCUGGCUCAGGCAGUCGCUGGGGCACCCCGUGUCUAGAAAGUGCAGGAGCGCUCUGGAGAAGCCUGGACAGCCCCGCGCUCCCGCAGCCAGGUGCUAGGUUUGAGAGCAAAAGUGAGAGUCCGGCUAUAUUCCAGCGCCUGGGCCACCGCGGCGGCCCUGGGAGCAGAGGUGGAGCAACCCCAUUGCGCUAAAGAUGAAAGGCUGGGGUUGGCUGGCCCUGCUUCUAGGGGCCCUGCUGGGAACUGCCUGGGCUCGAAGGAGCCAAGAUCUACACUGUGGAGCUUGCAGGGCUCUGGUGGAUGAACUAGAGUGGGAAAUUGCUCAGGUGGAUCCCAAGAAGACCAUUCAGAUGGGCUCUUUCCGAAUCAAUCCAGAUGGCAGCCAGUCAGUGGUGGAGGUGCCUUAUGCUCGCUCAGAGGCCCACCUCACAGAGCUGCUAGAGGAGGUAUGUGACCGGAUGAAGGAGUAUGGGGAACAGAUUGAUCCUUCCACCCACCGCAAGAACUACGUGCGUGUAGUGGGCCGGAAUGGAGAGUCCAAUGAACUGGACCUACAGGGCAUCCGAAUUGAUUCAGACAUCAGCGGCACCCUCAAGUUUGCGUGUGAGAGCAUUGUGGAGGAAUAUGAGGAUGAACUCAUUGAAUUCUUUUCCCGUGAGGCUGACAACGUUAAAGACAAACUUUGUAGUAAGCGAACAGAUCUGUGUGACCAUGCCCUGCACAUAUCGCAUGAUGAGCUAUGAACCACUGGAGCGACCCACAUUGACAGGCUUGAUGGAUCACCCCCAGGAGGGGAAGAGGGUGGCAAUGCCUUUUAUAUUAUGUUUUUACUGAAAUGAACUGAAAAAAAAAAAAAAAAAGAAAAGAAACCAGAA